UAGACAACAGAAAAACGAAACACUGAAGCGCCUUAGCCCAUUUUGGAUAUAAUACUCUGUGUUUUAAACCCAAUUAUGUUUACGUAUCUAGUGACGUUUGUUAAUUACGUUUAAGUUAACUAUUUGUUGAAAUUGAUAGUCAAACUAGCACUAAGCUAGUCGCUAAUGCUAACUAGCUAGCUAGCUAAAAUCCCCGACCAUGACCUCAGUAAGCUACUCUGCUGAAGAAGAGGAGGUCUGUUGGACGGAGAAAGAAGCUCUGGGGAUGAACAUUGUCGUAAAAGAGGAAGACGAGGAUAUUACCAUGCAAGGAGAGGAAGGGGCUUUCAAAACUAUAAAAGAGGAGGAGGAGGAUGUUACAGUGAAAGAGGAGAAAGAAACGUUUGGGGUAAAAGAGGAAGAGUGGAUAGAGGCUGUCACAGUGGAAGAGGAGGUAGAAGCUUUCAAAAUAAAAAAGGAGGAAGACAUUAUAUUGAAAAAAGAGGAGGAGCCUUCUAGAGAGGAAGAGGAAGGAGAGGAGGAGGAGACUGAACAAGAUCUAAUGAUCACCAGAGAAAGAUCAGACUCAGAGGAACCAGAGACGUCCAAACCAGCAAAACGACACGACUGCUCCAACUGCGGGAAGAGUUUUACCAAGUUAGGAAACCUGAGAAGACAUGAGAGGACACACACAGGAGAGAAGCCUCAUCACUGCUCCCAGUGUGGGAAGAGUUUCACCCAGUUAGCGAACCUAAAAAUACACGAGAGAACACACACAGGAGAGAAGCCUUACGAAUGCUCUCAAUGUGGAAUGAGUUUUACCAAGUUAGGGUACCUGAAAUCACACGAGAGAACACACACAGGAGAGAAGCCUUUCCACUGCUCACUGUGCGGGAAGAGUUUUACAGAGUUAGGCAACAUGAAAAGGCACGAGCGGACACACACAGGCGAGAAGCCUCAUCACUGCUGUCAGUGUGGAAAGACUUUUACAGAGUUGGGGAGCCUGAAAAUACAUAAGAGAAUACACACAGGGGAGAAACCUUUCCGCUGCUCCCUGUGUGGAAAGAGUUUUACAGAGUUAGGGAGUCUAAAAAUGCAUAAGAGAAUACACACGGGCGAGAAGCCUCAUCACUGUUCUCAGUGCGGAAAGAGUUUUACAAAGUUGGGGAACCUGAAAAUGCAUGAGAGAAUACACACAGGAGAGAAGCCUUACCAAUGCUCCCUGUGCGUAAAGAGGUUUACCUCAUUAAGGCAAUUGAAAGAACAUGAAAGAAUCCACACUAUAGAGAAACGUUAGCAAUGCUCCUAGUAUGAAAUUGUAUAUUGUUAACCAGUCAGUUUUAACCAGUCAGUUUUAACCAGUCAGUUUUAACCAGUCAGUUUUGACCAGUCAGUUUUAACCAGUUAGUUUUAACCAGUCAGUUUUAACCAGUUAGUUUUA